AGGGGGCAUCCAAAUAAAGUUUAUUGUUAUGAUCAUUAAGUUGCGUACCGACAUGCAAAGACAGCUAAAAGUCCCAAAAAAAACAUAUUAGUGCAAUUUUUUCAAUGAGCGUUUCCUCACAACGUCGUAGUUCUGUUCUGAAGUUGUGUUCACUUGCAGCUCUGCGAUUUCCCAUGAUGGAGGCGGCCCGUGAAGGCGUCACAAGUUGGGCAGCUCUCAGUUGUUGCAAAGGCAGACUGAUGAUCCAGCUGCUGAGUGUUCGCUGACAUGGAUACUACUGGCGUUUCCCCCUGAAACUGGACCCAUCACGGCGGCGCGGACUCUCCGGUGGGGCUUCAACCAGCGACCAAACUUCUUCCACGGCCGCACUCAUGUGAUCUAUCUCCCCCCCCCCACUCUCCCCUCUCCUCCCCUCCACCUACUGUUUUGGAGCCAUGUCCAAGAGCCUGAAGAAGAGGAAGAACCACUGGACCAACAAAGUCCACGAGAGUGUCCUUUGCAGGAGCGCGGAGGGGGAGCUGGGGCUGGAGCUGAAGGGCGGCGCGGAGAAUGGACAGUUCCCGGUCGUCGGCGAGCUUCUCCCGGGCGGAGCGGCGUGCCACAGCGGUAAACUCUGCCCGGAGGAACUCCUGCUGGAAGUCAACGACACCCCCGUGGCCGGACUCACCACCAGGGACGUGCACGCCGUGGUCAAGCACAGCAAAGACCCCGUCCGACUCAAGUGUGUCAAACAAGGGGGCGUGAUAGACAAGGACCUGCGCCACUACCUCAACCUGCGCUUCCAGAAAGGCUCGGUGGACCACGAGCUGCAGCAGAUCAUCCGGGACAACCUCUACCUCCGCACCGUCCCCU